AUACGUGCCAUUUUAACUCGCCCCCUUUGAACCUUGGAUGGCCAGUCCACAUACCUAGCCGGCCCGUUCGACACUGCUACCACAAUCUACAAAGAUUUGAAGGAACUUGUUCUGAAUAAGGUAAUCACAACUAACAACUUAGUUUGAACAUGGAUUCGAACCUCGGGUCGGAUGAAGCCCAAAAUCGGAUCAGAUAAAGCUCAAAAAAAUACUCCAAAACCGAAACUCCGGAUAUGGACGCCCACCAAAACGAGUGGCUCGCUUCUUGACCCGAAUCAUUAUCCAUCCCCAAACAAGAUCACAAGCACGAGAAACCACACACGUUUUCGAUUAUAUCCAAAAAAUGGCUUCUCCUCAAUAUCCCAACUCCAGCAUCCAUGGCCGCCACGUUUUCUCUCUCUAGCUCGUCCCUCAUCCACUUCUGCACAAAACGCACUUCAACAGUAGGCGCCAGGUUCAAAACCAGAGCAUCUCUGUCGACCUCUUCUUCAUCCAUGGCGGCGGCCGCGGCCGCGGCGGAGAAGGUUGUCCCCGCCGUCAUAGUCGGUGGGGGGCGGGUCGGAAAAGCUUUGCAGGACAUGGGCAGCGGGGAUGAUGUCCUGGUUAGGAGAGGGCAGCCGGUGCCCCCUGAUUUCACGGGCCCCAUUUUGGUCUGCACACGAAACGACGAUUUGGACGCUGUUCUUGAUUCCACGCCUAAAUCUCGGUGGAGCGAUUUGGUGUUUUUCCAGAACGGGAUGCUGGAGCCAUGGUUUGAGAGUAAAGAUCUUGGUGAAGCCGAUCAAGUAUUAGCUUACUUUGCUGUGUCCAAGCUCGGCGAACCUCCUAUUGAUGGGAUUACAGACACUAAUCCCGAAGGUUUAACGGCUGCUUAUGGAAAAUGGGCAUCUGCAGUUGCUGGAAGAUUGCGUGCUGGGGGCCUUUCUUGCAAGGUGCUUGAAAAGGAUGCAUUUCAGAAGCAAAUGCUUGAGAAGCUUAUAUGGAUUUGUGCUUUCAUGCUCGUUGGGGCCCGCCAUCCUGGUGCAACUGUUGGUGUUGUCGAGAAGGAAUACCGUUCUGAGGUGUCAGCUCUUAUAGCUGAACUUGCUUUAGCUGCGGCUGCGGAGAAAGGUAUAGUUUUUGAAGGAGGUAUAGAAGACAGAUUAUGUGCUUAUUCACGUGCAGUUGCUCACUUUCCUACUGCGGUUAAGGAGUUCAAAUGGAGGAACGGAUGGUUUUAUUCGCUGACUGAGAAAGCAAUUGCAGAAGGCAAACAAGAUCCAUGCCCACUCCACACGGCAUGGCUUAAAGAACUGAAAAUUGUGUGAAAUUUGUGUACUUUAGUGAAUUUGAUUUGAAUUAAUAAAUAGAUGAAAUAAGUUUGGUUUUAUUAUUUUUCUUUUGAAUUUGCCUCCAUAUUCAUACAAGAGAGGCUGCUAAUAGAGAUUAUGACAAGCCGAAUUGUUGCUUAAAUGACCACUUUCUGAAUGAAUUUUACACCGGCCAAAUUGGGUAGUGUUCGCACCAAAUAUGUACAAAGUUACUCUAUCUAUGCAGUCAAUGCGUUCCUAAUUACUGUAAAAACAUUUGUUGCUGCAAAGGUGCUUUCUUGUGGCCUGCUAUAAUUCUGCAUUCUGGAUUUUUCGUUCCUUUUUUCUUUUUUUUUUUUAAUGU